AUGGAGCGUUCAUCUGCAUUCACCAUAAUCACUGUAUCAGUUCUCGCCGUCAUCUCGCUUCUAUUUUUCUGGAACGGAAAAUCAUGCUCGCCAUUACCAUUCUUCUUUACUAAUGAUUGUCGUUUAUCAUUAAUCGAAAGUGAUAAUUUUAUUUGUGAAUCGAAUGCCGUUUGGAAUGAACGUAAAACCGUCUAUGAAACACAAGACAAAGAAAACAUGAAGAAACGUAACAGUAACAUCUUUUUUCUUUCGAACUGGGAGCCGAAUUUUCAUUGUUCUCAUGCAAGACGGAUCGGGCAGAUGGGCGAUGGUGGCAAAUGGGUGUGUGAUCCUCAUCGAUUGAAAGCUCGACCGAAUUGUUUGAUUUAUAGUGCUGGUUCCAAUGGCGAUUUUGGUUUCGAAGUCCAUAUGAAAAAUGUUAUGCCACAUUGUGAAAUUCAUACAUUCGACCAAAGACGAUACACUUGUCCGCAAAACGUUUGCAUCUUUCAUCAAAUCACUUUCGGUAAUGGUACUCAUCCUAAUAACUCGAAAAGUUGGGCAACUAUACUCGAAGAACUUGGCCAUACUCAACGGAAAAUCGACGUACUGAAAAUCGAUAUUGAAGGUGGUGAAUAUUCAUUCUUUUCUUUUCUCAUGCAAUCGUCUACAAAAUCUUUACCACAACAGAUUCUCGUCGAGGUCCAUCCAAACAAGCCCAACAAUAUUCAUGCAUUCUUUGAACUAUUACGGAAACAUCACUAUGCAAUUUUUAACAAAGAACCGAAUCUAAUCGCAGGAAGUCAAUUUUUUGAAUACGCGUUUUUUAAAUUGAAUUCAGAGUUUUUCAAGGCUUUGCCAACGAAUGCUACUAAGAAGUAA